UAGUUCAUUCUCCUUUCUCUCUCUACCCCAUACCAUCACCACCACCUUCCUCUCCAAACAGGACAUAGAGGUGGUAGAUGCAUGACCAGCAAUCUCUCUGUCUCUCUCUCUCUCUCUCUCCACCCUCACCACCUUGACCUUCCCCUUUGUAAUCGAUUCACUCACUAUCUGCCAGAUUUCCGUCAAACCCGAGUUGUUUUCCUCGAUAUCUGUGCUUCUCUAACCACCCCACAUCUUCUUUGCCUCUCAGGAAUAUCGAAAAAUACCAUGGUGAGCAUACGAAGGCGCAAACUCUUGGGACUUUGCUCUGGGCAAAGGUCUUUCUUGUCUCCGCUUGCUAGGUUUUUUGACAAUGGGCAUGUAUUUGAAAGUUUUAUCCAUAACACAAAGCCAGUUAGUGUUCAUCCUAUGCCUUCAGUUGAUGCUGAGCAGACAAAGGAGAAAAUCAUUUCAAAAGUAAGUCCUGGGGCAUCAAAUGCAUCUGGUUCUAGCAUGUCAAAAGAGAAGCAUAAUCAACAACAUCCAGUCCCUGAAGUCAAACACAGAAAGCGACACAGGAGAAAGCAUUUUGAGAACCAAGAACCGUGUCUGAUGAGAGGUGUCUAUUUUAAGAAUAUGAAAUGGCAAGCAGCAAUAAAAGUUGACAAGAAACAGAUUCACUUGGGAACUGUUGGCACUCAAGUAGAAGCUGCUCGUUUGUAUGACAGGGCUGCGUUUAUGUGUGGGAGAGAACCCAACUUUGAACUCUCGGAGGAGGAGAAGCAAGAUCUUCGGCAAUUCAAAUGGGAUGAGUUCUUAGCAUUGACUCGCUCUGCAAUUAAUAAUAAAAAACAUCGGAGAAGAAGCGGCGCAGGUUCACGAAGAAAGUCCAAGCCUUCAGCGCAGAAUAGUGACUGGGAACUUAAUCAAGGAGUCAAUGGCUUCUCGGCUUCAGAAGAUGUAGAGCCAGACACAUAGUCUCUUGAAAGUUUUGGUUCAGAAACAAGCUGAAAUCCUAUAUGUUAGCAAUUCAGCCCCUAUCUUUUUGCUCCUUACACAUAUAUAUAUAUCUUUUGGUUGUACAGAUCAUGAAAGACUUUAUGACUGUUAAUAGCAGAUUUUUGUUUCUAAUUCAAGGACUUCAAGGU